UUUUUUGGUAGCUUAUAAUUCAUCUGUUGACCGGUUUCCUACUGAAAAGAAGAAGAUUGUGGUGAGUGGGAAUCCGGUUAGGUUGUUAAUAAAGAAGUUUGUGUCAAAAGCCGUGGCAAGGACGUAUUUUUUCCCUAGGUUGGCUAAGGUAUCAGAAUCGGAGGCGGUGGUGCUGCUGGUGCUUGGGGGAUCCUUUGGGGCUAAUUCUAUGAACAUUGCUCUAUUCAAUAUUUAUUUUCAGAUGUUGGAGCAGCGGCCAAAUUUGCAUAUAAUUUGGGAGACUGGUGUUGAAUCAUUCAAUGAGAUGGAGAGCCUUGUUCGAAACCAUCCUCGAUUGGUAUUGGCACCGUUUUUGCGUUCUAUGGACAUGGGAUAUGGAGCUGCAGAUCUUAUUGUUUCUAGGGCUGGAUCGAUGACUUGUACUGAACUACUAGUUACAGGGAAACCUGCCAUCCUGGUAACAACCUUUGCUUCCUUUAUGGUCUCUUCAAUUUUUGAAUUGCUAUAAGGCUUGUUUGGUCGU